CUCUCUCUCUCUCUCUCUCUCUCUCUCUCUCUCUCUCUCUCUCUCUCUCUCUCUCUCUCGACUCUCUCUCUCUCUUCUCUCUCUCUCUCUCUCUCUCUCUGUCACUUCUGUAAGGUGUGUGUGUGUGUGUGUGUGUGUGUGUGUGUGUGUGUGUGUGUGUGUGUGUGUGUAUGUGUGUGUGUGUUUGAGAGCUUAUUUAAAGGGCUGACUCUCUCUCACUGGGCGAUCAACAGCGGCUCAGCAUCCUCCGUUUACCGCCUGCUGCUCCCAGGAUCUAAACUCUGACCAGUAUUUCUGCUGGAGAAAGAAACAGUCAGUAAGAGGACUCUGUUUGAUGCUUGUUUUACUGUCUUACUGAUUAACUGUUUAUUUACAGACUGAUUUUCUGAUUAAUAGUCAAACAAAGUGAGAAGAACUGCAGCUGACCGACUGUUUUCUUGUCGGCUGAGUCGUUUAUCAGGUUAAAAAUUUUGCCAUCUGGUUAAAUUAAGUAAUUAUGUUGACAGGCUGUUUUAUUUUUACCAGCUGGUUCAUGUGGAUCAAAGUUAACCCUAAACAGUCAGCACACUCUGGGCUUACAGACUAGUUUGACUCUUGGGUGUAGUUGGUUAGUUAUGAAGUAAUCUUUUUAACCUGAUGCUGGCUGACUGAUUUACUGGCUGCUGAACUGUUGACUGGAUUAUUUCUAGUUUUUUGUGUUGUUGAGUUUCUGGCUGAUUUUACAGGUUUACACAGUUAUAUGACUUGUCAGCUGGUUUGUCAGGUAGUUUUUAAUAGAUGCUGUUCAGAUUACAUAACUGUUUGUUGACUGUUUGUCGUCUGUUUCUGGUUUUAAUGUGACUGACAGUUGUAACUGGUUAAUUAGUUCAGUCUUGCUGACUUUAUUCUCGUUCACUCGCCUGUAAACUGUAGAAACAGCCUGUCGACACACUCUUUACCACCUUUGUUUACUGACUGGUUAACUGGUGAACUGGUAUGGUGUUGGUUCUUGUAGCAGUGAUGGGAACUAUAACUGGUUAGAUUCAGACUAACUAGCUGUUUAGGAGUCUUAAUGACAGCGGUGUUUGACUGACUGGUUCUUUGAACUGACUGGUUAAGCUGUUUUUUAGUUGACUAGUUUAUAUUUGAAGCUGUUGUCUGUGUGGAAAAGUUUAAUGAGUUAAAUGUUGAUGAAACAAAUCGACUUAAAUGAUAAUAACAUACUGACGGGUUAACUCGGUUAGUUUGAUUAUUAACUCGGUUAGUUUGUCUCUCAUCCUUUUACUAAAUGACUGAUUUACUGACUGUUUAUAAAGACUAACCAGAGUCUGGUUCAUGUUACAGGUGCAGAAAAAUGACUCAGAUGUCUCAUCUGCUGCCUCUGACAGGUAUUCUAUUCUACUCUAGUCUAGUCUAUUCUAUUCUAUUCUAUUCUGUUCUAGUCUAUUUUAUUGUAUUCUAGUUUAUUCUAUUCUAUACCGCUCUAUUCUAUUUUGUUGCAUUCUAAUUUAUUUUUGUCUGUUCUAUUCUAUUGUUUUCUAUCCUAUUCUAUUUCCUUCCUUCCUUCCUUCCUUCCUUCCUUCCUUCCCUCCUUGUUUGACACCUUGUUAAUGUGAUCCCUCUCUCCUCUUCAGGCCUCCUCUUCCUCAUCUCGUCCACAUUUGCCUCUGAAUCCAACGGUAAGUCUCAGACGUCAUCUUCACUCUUAUUUUGAUUUAUUCGUUUAUUUGACUUUCAACAGUCAGUCAGUCAGUCAGUCAGUCAGUCAGUCAGUCAGUCAGUCAGUCAGUCAGUCAGUCAGUCAGUCAGUCAGUCAGUCAGUCAGUUUUUUAAGCAGUCCUUCAGUUUGAACUCUUAAAUAUCAGAUGAUGGUUCAGUGAAGUCCUUGUACCUGAGCUCCCCUCCCUGAUGAUCUGUGUUUACUCUGAUUAAUGUUUGUCUGACUCCCUAAACCCCGGUCUAAAUUUAAAGGAGCAGGUUUGUGUUUUAUAAACAUCCGUCUUCAGUUUGGACUCUUAAAUAUCAGAUGAUGGUUCAGUGAAGUCCUCGUACCCGAGCUCCCCUCCCCCGAUGAUCUGUGUUUACUCUGAUUAUUAAUGUUUGACCCCGGUCUAAAGUUAAAGGAGCAGGUUUGUGUUUUAUUUUUGAUCUUCAGUUUGGACUCGAACUUCCUGAUCAGAAAAUAAAAACACUGUAAAACUAAAAGGUUUCAGGGUCAUUAGAAGGCCGACGGUUCGUCCUCUGAGGAGCAGGAUAAAACAUAAAUCCUCUCUGAUCUCAUCCUGACACGUCUCUUUGUAAUUCACCCUGAAAUCGGACUUUUAUGAUGUGCCAACGGCGUGCGCCUCCUCCUCCUCCUCCUCCUCGUCUUCCUGUCUUCACUUUGAUAAACGAGCCCGUGUGUUUUUCAGACGUGUCCCUCGCCGUCUCUGGAGGUAACUCUAGACUUUCUGUGGAUUCCCAGAACCGUCCCGUCUGUUGAUUUUGAUCCUGAAUCCUGAAAACUGGACUUCCUCUGAACGAUGAAACAGAUGAAGCGUUUCCUCCUUCCUGUCUUCAAAGAGCCUCUUUGUUUUUACGACUUUAUUUUCAUACAUUAGCGCCGCCGCUCUCCGGGGUUCGAUUAUGUAACAGUGAACCGUCGUUUCUUCGUUUUCUGACUUCCUGUCGAACCUUCGUGUUUUUCAUCAGUGCCGUAUCCGGUGACCUGUGUGACCCGGGGGGCCGACCUGCUGGAGGACGGCGUGGUGGUUCUGUGUCCUCCGGACUGCCUCCAGUGGAGACUGUCCGUGUUCGGGACGGGGAUCUACGCCGCCGUCUCCUCCGUCUGUGGAGCCGCCAUACACAGGUGGGGCUGAACUCAGACCAGGACCAGACCGACCCGACCUGAACUCAGACCAGGACCAGACCGACCCGACCUGAACUCAGACCAGGACCAGACCGACCCGACCUGAACUUAGACCAGGACCAGACCGACCCGCCUGAUGGUAGAAAAGAGGGUCUGGACUGGAUGGAACCAGAACAGAACUUAGUCCGCUGAUAGUGGACUCAUGAGUCUGCUCACCAACGUUUGAUCUGAUCCAGUCCGACUCCUUAUCUCCUUAUUUUCUGUCUUGUAAUUUCCUUAUCUCCUUAUCUCCUUAUUUACUUUUUUGUUUUUUUCCUUAUCCUCUUACCUCCUUAUUUCCUUAUCUCCUUAUCUCUUUAUGUCCAUAUCUCAUUAUCUCCUUAUCUCCUUAUCUCCUAAUUUCCUUCCUCUGAUGAAGGGUUGAGCUUCACUCUGCAGCCUGCCCGGACUAGCACCACAGACAGUUUUUGAAGUGUUUAGUUUAGAGGUCCGAACUCACAGCAGCAGGAUUACUCUUCCUCCUCCUUCUCCUCCUCCUCCUCCUCUCUCUCCUCCUUCUCUUCCUCCUCCUCUCCUCUCUCUCUUCCUCCUCCUCCUCCUCUCUCCUCCUCUCCUCCUCCUCCUCCCGGACUAAACACCAACACCAUGAAGGAAUGUGACGGAUUAAGGACUCAGCCCUGCCUGACCCCCUCGCUCCUCUGCGGGGCCCGGAGAGGAAAAACCCAGAACUGUAGAGAGUCCACUUCCUCUGGAUCCCUAAUCCAGAUCUUCGGUUCUUCGGUUCUUCGGUUCUGUCUCUCUGCUGGUUUUUCUUCACCUCUGUGGUCUAACAGAACCUGAAGGUUCUGGACUCUGAGGUCUUCAUCAGAGUCUCAGUUCAGCUCUGAGUCUUAAUCGAUCAUAAUCACAGCUUCAGAUUAUUAUUACCUGUUAAUCCCUGCAGGAUUAUUUUACUCCGUUACAGCUCGGCUCUUUUCCUGAUCCUCUUUACUCACUGAUACGCUGCACAGAGAACAAAACCUCAGCUACUGUAACGCUGCAGGUUAAAGAUACACUGGGUGAUAUUUAGACUUCAGUAUCUACAGGAGCAGAUCCACGUCUGUGUCGGCCGCCGUAAAGAAGAUGUAUCACUGAUGUUUUUAACGGUUAAAACUUGACACAUUAUCAGAGCCUCAAGAUCUGAUCUGUCCUCUUCUCCGUCCUGUAGGGGGGUUCUGGGUCCGUCAGGAGGUCCGGUCAGAGUUCACAAGCUGCACGGUCGGUACAACUACCUGAGCUACUACGCUAACGGCAUCCAAUCACAGGCGCUCUCCCGCUGGACCGCCUCCUUCAGCCUCACCAGUAGGUGGAGCCACUUUCUCAGAUUCUGUUGAACUUUAAAAAGUCGUCACAGUCGUUAAAACUGUUACAGAUGUUACAGAUGGACCUCAGAUCUCUGUUCUCUGUUUCUGUCAUCAGAGCCCGUCAGCUCUCCCAUGGAGCUGACCAGUGAGACCAGUACAACAGCUCUACCUGCAGCCGGACAGCCAGGUGAACACACACACACACACACACUUGUUUAUGUUUCUGAACGCUGACUCUGACCUGUUCACCUGUAAGUGGGGACUCCUCAGUCAGUUCGUUUACAGUCUCAGUUUAAUCGACUAAACUCAUAAUUCGUCUUCUUCUCUGAAUCAGACUUCUCUCCUUGUCCUCGUUUACAUGCAGCUGAGAAAAUAGAACGUGUCCUCCUCCCCAACACUAGGGGGCGAUAUGGGUCUUUUCAGACAACCGUCAACAACAACAGCAGGUCGGUGUCAGACGUCAGAAGUGUCUACAACUGCUGCUGGGCAUUUUGGAGAAACAAGAAGAUGGAGCAUCGUACAGCGUUGUUUUUGUCCGACAUGAUGGACGCGCUACUUUUUGGUUUUUGUUACGGGGUUACGGGGACGUGGCGCACAUGCAUCGUCUGAUCAUACUCAGAGAAAAUCGAAUUCCAAUCGCGUUAUCCGGGUGUCUUAAUCGAAGUUCUCCGACUAUAGUCAGAGUUCGGACGAAGGUGUUUACAUGACCUUCAGUUGUCGGGUCUUAAUCGGAAUAAGACGAUAAUUAUUCAGGGAACAUAAACCCACUCUGGGGUUCAUGAGGAGUCCUCUCUGCUGCUCUCAGGUCUUCCUCUUCCUCCACAGCCUCCAGGAUCAGCAGGAGUUUGAUGUUUCCAACAGACUGUUACCCCGGCUCACCCCCGACCCUGUGUGUGUGUGUGUGUGUGUGUGUGUGUGUGUGUGUUUUGCAGUGAAGAAACCCCUGAAGAAGCCCGUGAAGAAAGUCCCGACAAGUGGAAAUAAAGGUACUCUGUGUGCUCGUUUCAGAGGACGCUGUUAUUACGACGAUGUCAUUAAAGGGUUAACCGGUCCUCAUGUGUUGUGGCGUUCACAGACUGUCAGAUGGACAUCGCCAUCGUCAUCGACAGCAGCAACAACAUCGGGCAGCGGCGGUUCAACCUGCAGAAGAACUUUGUCACCAAACUGGCGGCCAUGUUGAAAGUUGGACCACUAGGACCUCAUGUAGGUCUGAUCCAGGCCAGGUCAGACCCCCAAACACUCGUGGAAUCAAACAUCUAAACGCUCGAACUCAGUUACUGGAUUAUAUAAUAUAACACUGUCUGCUGUCAUGGUGUGUGUGUGUGUGUGUGUGUGUGUGUGUGUGUGUGUGUGUGUGUGUGUGUGUGUGUGUGUGUGUGUGUGUGUGUGCCCUCAGUGAUUCCCCAAAGACAGAGUUUCUACUGACCAACUUCACUCAGCCUAAAGAGCUGCUCUUCGCCAUAAAGGAGGUGUCCUAUCUGGGCGGAGACACCAACACAGGUAAUCCCUUUAAGGCUCAGUUAAAGGGAUACUCCGGCGUAAAAUUACUUUAGGGUCAAACCCACCGUAACACCGAGUUAGACCCCGCCUCCAGAGAUGAAUGUUGUCGACCGCUUGCUUCUCUAGUUAUACCAACUUUAGUAACGACCGCAGGAUAGAAAUACAGAGAGACACGCCCCCAACCAAAACGCCACUCUAUAGGCACAAAUAAUGCUCAGAACUUCAUCAACAGGACAUAUAGGGUCACAGACAUAGUACUAUAUUCAGAGCGUUUCUGGGCCAAUAAACUUCUACUGUAGUAAAAUAAUAAGGUAAAGGUGUUUUUAUUGAGCCGAAUUAUCAAUAAAAUCAUGAUUUUGUUAACAGGUAUGGAUUUAUGUGCUGUUGAGUUAAUAUAUUUGAACAAGAGCACAGUAAAGUUAAAUCAGCUAAUUUUCCAAUGAGGUUCUGUUACUGAACAAAACUACACCAUGAUCUACUGAGGUUAGUACAUAUAGGGUCACAGACAUAGUACUAGACACCAAACAUCUUUUUAACUUUGACUAAACACAACUCACCUACUCUCUUCCAGCAGACGCUUGUUUGUAGAGAGACCUCAGGCCAGUCCAUUACAGACUACAGCGGGGUGCCGCAGCUCAAGGAAGAACAUUUAUGAUCAUGUAUUGCUAUCCUGCGGUCGUUAUAACUGACCCUAACUUAAUUUUAUGCUGAAUAUCCCUUUAAGGUUCACUUUGACUCAGCUGGUCUUUGGGGGACAAACUGCUGUGGUGUCCAUAUGAAUAAACCUGGUUCUGGUUCUGGUCGUUGAUCUGGUCUAGGUAAGGCCAUCAUGCACACGGCAGAGUCUUUCUUCACCCAGGACAACGGAGGGAGGCGGGGUCACCCCCGGGUCAUGAUGGUGCUGAUAGACGGCUGGCCCUCUGAUGACCUGGAGCAGGCGGCCAUAUUGGCCAGAGAGUCCGGCAUCAACGUCUUCCUGGUGUCUGUGGCCAAACCAGCACCUGAGGAGCUCAGCUUGGUCCGGGACAAGGACUACAUGAAGAAGGUGGACCUUUGCUCUCACAUCUGUUCUUUAUGGAUCUGUCUAAACUAAGUCGGCGUGUUUGUGUCUGCAGACGUCGUGUUUUUUCGUUCUAGCAGAGUCUCUCUCUCUGUUUCCUUCAGGCGGUGUGUAAAGAUAACGGCUUCUUCAAUUAUCUGAUCCCCAGCUGGUUCAGCACCACCAAACACGUCAAACCUCUGACCCAGAGGAUCUGCUCUCUGGACGGUCUGCUCUGCAGUAAGACUGGACUCUGACCACAACAAUAGACCGCUCAUACUUCACUGUAACACAGCUCGGUUCAUCUGUCACUGUGUGGUUAAACAUCGAUCUCAACAGCGGCUAAAACGCUGAACAGGAAGAGUUCAAAAUCCUCUUUCUUUGAACCCUUCAAUAAAAUAAUGGACUCGUUAAUCUGAUCUGGAUUCUGGGCCCAAAGAUGGGACCCUGAAGUCCAACCAGACCUGUUCAUGUCGUGAAAACCAGCCUUAUUUCUACGACGUCAAAAACACUGAAACAAAGAUUAUUCUCAGAGUGUCCCUGUCUGGAGUUUUGAUGAUGAAGUUAUUGAUUUAUUAUUUUGUUUUAUCAGGUAAAACCUGCUACAAUUCAGCCAACAUCGGCUUCCUGAUCGACGGCUCAUCCAGCGUUGGAGACGGGAACUUCCGGCUGGUCCUGGAGUUCCUGGCAGGAAUCGCACAAAGCUUUGACAUCUCAGAUAUUGGCGCUCGUAUCGGUGAGAGUCACCCGGUGAAAACGGUCCAAUCAGAAGUCAAAGAGUCGCUCUGAUUGGCUGAUAGUUUGUGUUUGAUGUCCAGGUGCGGUCCAGUUCACCUACGAUCAGAGGCUGGAGUUCGGCCUGUUCGAUCACCACAACAAAGAAGACGCCAUCAAUGCUCUGAGGAGGAUCCCCUACAUGAGCGGAGGAACCGCCACCGGGGCAGCCAUCACCUACACCACCCAGAACCUGUUCAGGUAACAACACACCUGAGUGUUCUUCAGCGAAUUAAAACCCUCCAGGUUCUUAUUUACACUCAGGUAAACCCCACAAACUUCACCGUCUGAAAUCUACAGUUUCCGUCUGUUAGUUCGAUAUCGUCUUGAGUUAAACGACAUUUUUGAGCUUUUAUUUUGUAGGAAACCUCACUUUUCUGAAGAGUAUUUAAAGAUUUAAGAGCUGAAUAGGACUGGAGCUGUGAGCCCCAGUCAUGAAGUUAGAAAGCUGUCCAAACAAACAGGCUGUAAGCGGAUAUGCGUGUCAUUUACUCAAUUAUGCCUCAAAUUGACCGUGAAAACAAGUCAAUUUCCUGUUGUUUUCUUAAAUCUGGUCUUAUUUUUCUUGCCAUCUUGGAAAACAAAGUUGGUUUUCCUAAUAUAACAGAUUAAUGUACCUCAUUAUAACAAGAAAACACCAACCCAGCUGAUCUCUAAAUAGAAAGACAACAGUAGAAGAUCACAAGAGAACGACCAGAAAUGACUCAUUUAAAAAAAAAAGGAAUUAAAAUAGAGUCGGGGCAAACAACAAACUUUUAUCUCAAUUAUUCGGAAUGAUUUCUUAGAAUUCCAAGAUCAAAGCCAGAGUUCCGAACCUUGAUCUCAGAAUUCUAAGCAAAUAGAAUUCAUUAAAACGUGAAAACUUAUGCUGCGUUCAAGUUUCCUCCGAAGUCGGAUGUCGGAGCUAAAAAUGACGUCACACCUGAGUUACCAGUGUGAGUCGUAAAAAAGCAAAAUCGGAGGCGGAAAGAAGAUGGCUGCAUCUACGAAACAUCUACGCUUGGCCUAUGUUCGAACAAGGCAAGCGCUAAAAUAACUUUAGCAGAUUUAGCCAUCUUGUUUCCGCCUCUGAUUUUUGCUUUUUUGUGACUUGGUAACUGAAACGCUGGGACGUCAUUUUCAGCUCGGACUUCUGACAUCCAAAGUGACUUGAAUGCAGCAUUAUAAUAAAUGUUUGUGGCUUUUUUUUUUUAAGUGCUCUUAAAAGAAAAUAAAAUUAAUGAAGUUUUACAUCUUGUUUUUAGCUUUGAAUUAAAUUGGGGUAUUUAUAAUAUUUCACACAUUAAAGGAGCCAAAAGAUAAAAUGAAUAAUUAGUGCCCUCAUUUUAAAAAACAUAAAAACAUCUGAAUAAAAUAUUUAAUGAGUCACCCAUUUUCUACACAUCCACAGACUCGACGGUCCAAAGACAAAAUGUUGUUGUGAAAUCUUUGGCCGACGUUUAGAUUUCUUAAAUAAAUUAAAUAGAUUUCUUAGAUAAAUUCGUCUUUUUAUCCUGCAGACGCACCGGACCAGGCCGCAACUUCCUCAUUGUGGUGACAGACGGCCAAUCUUACGAUGACAUCGGAGGACCAGCGAUGGCGGCGCACAGACAAGGUGUGUGACAGCUUUCAAACUAGUAUCAAACAAUUUUAUGAUUUGUGUUUCUCUGAAAUCUUCAUCUGUUGGGGAUUUGUUCACAACCUCACCACCAGGGAUCACCGUUUACUCAGUGGGCGUGGCCUGGGCACCCCUGGAAGACCUCAAACUGAUGGCAUCAGAGCCAAAAAAUAGCCACGCCUUUUUCACCAGAGAGUUCACCGGCCUCGGGCAGUUCAUCCCUCAAGUGGUCCAAGGAAUCUGCCGAGACUUCACAGAGAAUAACUGAGGAAACAAACACACACCAAACACACAAUAUGCCAUACACACACACACACACACACACACACACAACCAACCACAUGUAUAAAUAUGUUAAUAUCUCUUUACUAACGGCCCAAAAUUCUAAUUUAUGACGUAAAAUCGAAACCACAAAAUUUAGAGGACUGCAUUUACUGUCCUCACUUUGAAGGUAGACAAACCAACCUCACAAAAAUGAAGAAAUACACAGUUUUGUGUAUUUAAACUUGUCAGAUUUUUGUCUUAUGCUCGUUGAAAGUCCCUCGACUGAAACAAAGUCUGAUGGGCGAGUAAAAGUAAAAUCCAAAAAGGUCCUCACUUUACACAUUCAGGGCUUAGUCCCCACAAAGGCUGAAAAACAAGUCAAACACACACACUGUAAAUAUACUGACCCAUAACCAAACUAAUAUAUCCAUAUAGAAACACCUGUACAUAAAAGACAUACAGCCUACAAAACCACAUAUAUAUUUACCAAAAACAUAUUUCUAUUUAAUGACGGAGACAUCGGGAUAUUAACCAAUCACCAUCAAGAACUGUAGAAGACAAAAUCAGUCAUUUCUUUCAUCGUUUUCCUCUUCAUCAUUUUUUAUACCAGUAUGUUUCUCCUGUAUUCAGAGUUAAAGCAGCAACGAGACAAAAAAACAAGCCGAAGUAGUGAACAGGAGCUGCCAGUGUAAAAAAAAAAAAAAAGAUGGACACAGGCCCUUAUUCUCCUGUUUUUUUGAAAAUAACAAAAUUGUAAUGUUAAUAUUUUCCCUGUAAUAACAAGGAUAAUUUCAGUUAUCACAGUGUCGUGGUCAAAACUGAUUUUUAUGUAAGAAAAAGACAUUGGAGAUGAAAUUCUUAUUAAAAUUUAGUUAAAUAUCAAAAACUUGACAAUUUUGUUUCUUUUGACCCUGAAAAUUUUCAUGAGUUAAAUAUCCAAAACUUUAGUGGGCCUAAGUUCAGCAUGUAGUUCCUUUUAGUUCCUAUUAUCAUCAUAAGUGAGGAUCCUGUAAAUGCACUGACAGCUUUGAAAUAAUAACCUCCUUCUUCCUGUUUUUAAGGGUUUUAAUCAUAAACACUCGUCCUGUUAUCAUAAAUAUAUUUCUUUUUUUAUUAAAGUUUUGUGCUCCUUUUUUCUUCAUGUUGUAAGUAUCUUGAUGUACAUUUGCAGACCUCUCUCUUUCUGUCUUUUCCAUAAACUUUUCAUGCAGAAAAUCACCAAAUAUGUUUUUCCACCUAAACUUCAGUCGGCUCAUUUUACAAAGAGGUGAUAGAAACACAGAAACUCAUAUUUCUGUCCAAAGAUAAACAUCAUAUCUGACUACAGGAGAGGAGAUAUAAGUGAAUAUUUCAUGAUGGAGAACAUAUUAAGUUAUAUUUGAUGUCAGAGAAACUCACUUUUUUGAAACUCUGCUGUGAGUUUUCAUGAAAAUAAACAGAAAUUAUCAGCUGAGCAGACUGAAAAUAACCCGAACAUGAGCUAAAAUACUCCUAAAAUGACUCCUUACAUGUUGGUGAAAUAGUCCUCAUGUGUUUGUCGACCUGAAGUUCGCAGGAGCAGCUGCUGCAGAAUCUGGAUAUUCAGUAAACGGACCGGCUGUUCUCUCUCUCUGUGUAAAUGAAACCGUCAUUUGGAUGUAAAGUCAUGAUCUGUCCUUUUCUGUAUUUAUUACCUGUUCUCUUCAUGUCUAUCAAUAAAGAUAAAGAUUAGUUAUUUUUA